AUGGCGGCCUCCGACACCGAGGAGGGAGGCGCCCCCGCGGCGGGCGGAGCGGGGCAGGACGACGACGCGCCGGAGCCGCGGCCAGAGCUGGUGGCGGCGGGCGAGCGAACCGCCUCCGAUGACGCUCCAGCGCCGCCCGACGCCUCCGACGACGAAGGCGGAGCGGGGGAGGACGACGCGUCCAGCCCGCCGCGAGGACCGGGGGCGGCCGGAGAGCAACCCGCCUCCGAUCACGCCCCGGUGGCGCUCGCCGCCGAAGCCGAAGACGAAGCAGUCGAAGCGGAGCAGGACGACGCGCCCGAGUCGGAGGACGAGCAGGACGUGGAAGAGGAAGUGCAGGAGGAAGAUGGCGACGCCACGGAGGAGGAUGAGGACGGGGAGGAGGAGGACGACGAGGAUGCCCCGACGCAUCUCCCGUUCGCGCCCACGGGCGAAGAGUUACCUGAUGACACAACCACAGUUGAUCCAAGCUAUACCAUCUCUCUUAUAAGGAAGCUAAUACCAAAGGGAUCCGAUCUGGUGAAAGAGUUCAGUGACAAGAGUUCCAGUUCUGAUGACGGGGAGUCAACGCUACCUGAGUAUGAGGAUCAGUGGGAAGAGUGUGGGUGCAUUCUGUGGGACCUUGCAGCUAGUGAACCUCAAGCAGAACAUAUGAUCGAUAAUUCUGUACUUGAAGUGCUUUUGGAAAACCUUCGAGUGGCAGAUUCUUCUCGGGUGAAGGAAGUUUGUCUUGGAAUCAUGGGAAACUUAGCUUGUCAUGAAUCUCUAGUUAACGCUAUCUGUUUGGAGAAGGGUUUAAUUACAACUGUUGUGAAUCAACUGUUUCUAGAUGAUGUCAAAUGCCUUUCUGAAGCAUUCAGGUUGUUGGCUGCCGCUCUUCGGUGCAGUGCUUCUGUUUCUUGGGCUGAAGUUCUUUUACCUGAUGAGAUUCUUUCACGUAUGCUAUGGAUAAUUGGCAAUACAUCGGAUUUGACAUUACUUGAGAAGAGCAUUGACUUCAUAUCAACUGUCAUUGAUGCCCAAGAUGUGAUAGCUGCGCUUAUCGACCCCAUGCUUAAAGUGGGUUUAGUUGACCAUGUUGUUGGGUUGCUAACAACUGAGAUUGAAAAAUCACCGGAAGAGAAGCUAGACAGGCCUGGUUCUCUUGAUAUGAUCCUUCGCUUCAUGGAAGAAUUAUCAGCCAUACACAGUGUUUCAGAAGUGAUGUCGUCGAGUGACCGGCUGAUGAAAGUGCUAGUUAGCAUGAUCAAGUCACCUGAUAAGCAUGAGUUUGCAAAGUAUUGCGCUUCGGUGGUGAUCAUAAUAUCAAAUAUUUUGACCGAUGGAAAGCAUCUGGUGCCUAUGCUAUCCCAUGAUUUACCCUUCCUGGAGGGCCUGUUUGACAUUCUUCCAGUGGUCCCUGAUGAUGAUCAAGCUCGAUAUGCACUUUGGGGUACCUUACCACGUAUCAUGCCACGACGGCAAGAAACUGAGAUGGAUUCCUCAUCCCUCGACCAGUUUGCGUCUCUCUUCUUAGGCAAGUUCACUCUCAUCAAAGAUGACCUCGAGAGUCAUGUAAUUGACGAAGAGAACUUAUCAUCUGAGGAUGCUCUUGUGUUGGGAUGGACAUCCAAAUGUCUCAGGUCAAUCUCCUUCGUCAUGGAGAAAUGGAUUGAGGAGAAGUCUUCGCAGAGCAAACAAGAUGCUCCGCCGACUGGAAACUCCAUUGACGAUGCUCGGGAGGUGCUGAGUUACUGCCACAAGGCGCUCCACUGACUGGAAAAACUCUACUGACAAAAGCUUGCUGCAGUUUGUAAUCAACACUGCUGACCUGAAAUUACAAUAUGUGGCUACUGGGAUUUGGGAACGGGAAGUCUGUUAGAACCUACUAUCGUUGCACAUAACAGUGAUGCUGUAAAGGAAUUAUCGAAUGGAGGGCAUGGGGUGGGAUACGAUUCUUUUGGGGAAAUCCGGUUGCCAAAUUUGAUAAGUUGCAAAUUUGGCCUAAAGUUUUUCUUAUGUCAUUUUGAUAGAUGUAAACUAAGACAUGGAUCCAGAUAUGGUUUCCAUCUGCCAUUACAUUUGAAUGUCAGUUUUCUUUAUCUGCACUUUGCUGUCG